CUUCUCCCUACCCGCUGAGUAUUACAGCAUUCCAGGUCAUUGAUCAUUUCCUUCUUGACAUCCUCGUUUUAAACUCACACCUCUUCUUGACCUUCUCCCAAAGCGUCACGCCUAACCCUCCAAGCCUCUCCUGUAAAAGAUGCCCUCCAAGACCCCCAAUCUUGCUCUGCUCUUCACCAAAGUACCCGACCGUCUCCCCGUCCCAGGCGAACACAUUGCCGUCAAAGACGUCGGCCCCUUCGACCUAGACCAAGAACUCCCACCCAAUGGCCUAUUGCUAGAGACCCUCUACGUGAGCUUCGACCCGUACCUGCGUGGCCUUCUGCGGGAUCCCUCGGUUAAAUCAUACCUGCCCGCCAUCCCGCUGGGAUCGCCCAUUGCCGCGGGAACUCUGUCGCGGGUUCUCCGCUCCAAGCUCGAGGGCUAUGCCGAGGGAGAUGUGGUGAGGCUGCUGCUCCCGAUCCGGCAGUACAACCUGUAUGUGGCCCAGCCGCCCAGGCAGGGCGAGGCGCAGUGGGAGCGGCCGUUCAAGGUCCCCAACCCGGACGACCCGCACCUGGAUGUCAGGCACUACCUGGGGGCCCUGGGCAUGCCGGGCCUCACGGCCUACUCGUCGCUGUACGAAAUCGGCAAGCCCAAGGCCGGCGAAAUCAUCGUCGUCUCCUCCGCCGCCGGGGCCGUGGGCCAGUUGGUCGGCCAGUUGGCCAAGCACGAGGGCCUGACCGUCUUUGGGUCCGUGGGCAGCGACGACAAGCUGGACUUCAUCGUCAACGAGCUGGGUUUCGACGGUGGCUGGAACUACAAGAAGGAGCCCAGCACGAAGGAGGUGAUCGGGCGCCUGGUCCGGGAGUACAAGGAGAAGAAGGGUGAGAAAGUGCCCGAAGAAGCGGGCAACGGCGAAGGAGGCAUCGACAUAUUCUACGACAACGUUGGGGGCGAGCAGCUGGACGGCGCCAUGGAGACAUUGAAUUUGUUCGGACGGAUCGUGGAAUGCGGCCAGAUCUCACAGUACAACCUUCCGCCCGCCGAACGCUACCCGAUCCGCAACACCUUCCUGUGCGUGACCAAGCGGCUGACCAUGACGGGCUUCAUGGUCGGCGACGCCAACAUGGGGCCCAAGCACGGCAAGGCGCACCUCGAAAACGUCUCCAGGUGGCUGCGGGACGGCAGCUUCAAGGCCAAGAUCCACGAGGACGUGGGCAUCGAGAACGCCGCCCAGGCCUUCAGCGGCAUGCUGAAGGGCCAGAAUUUCGGGAAGGCCAUCCUGAAGGUCAAGGUGUAGAAGGCGUGAGCUCGGGAAGACGAGGGAGACUCCCUCUCUGGAACUCCGAAAUUCGUUGUUGUCAGCUUAGGGUGGAGAAGAGGACUUCCCAAGCCGGCGGCGAACGAGAAAUGAGCGAUAUGAGAAAACCCAGGGAAGUGUAGACGUCCUUUGGAUCUGAUGUUUUCUUCUCCUCUGGAGUCUCUCUAUUGUAGAGCUAAGUCAAUGAGAGAAAUAUGAGACGGCGUCCUCGG